AUGCCAAUGUCUCAAAGUAAUUCAAGUUUUGUUAAAUAUUUAAGUAUGGCAUCAGCAGCAACGUUAGUGCAGCCGUCGGGUGAAUUGUGGAAGAAAAUCCGUGUGGAAUUGAACGAGGACGUCAACACGCGGGACCAAGAUCUAGCCGCUAUCAAAGAUUGGCUUCGUAAGCAGCCACAUUUACCAGACGAAUGGGAUGAAGACAGAAUGAUGACAUUCCUUCGAGGAUGCAGCUUUUCGUUGGAGAAGUGCAAACGGAAAUUGGACAUGUACUUCACCAUGCGUACCGCUUGUCCGGAGUUCUUCACUAACAGAGACGUCAGGAGACCUGAGCUUGCAGAUCUUCAGUCCAGACUACAUGGACCACCAUUGCCAGGUUUAACGCCAAACGGUCGUCGAGUCUCGAUUGCCAGAGGCCUGGACAAAACUCUUGACACCAAUCAACUCAACGACAUCUUCAAACUCGCAAUGAUGAUCGGCGAUAUAAGGCUAAAAGAAGAAGUUGAGGGUGUUGCAGGUGAUAUCUACAUCCUAGAUGCAUCUGUGGUAUCUCCUAGCCACUUGGCCAAGUUAUCUCCGUCAGUUAUCAAAAAAUUCCUAGUUUGUGUACAGGAAGCAUAUCCUGUUAAACUGAAAGAAGUGCACGUUGUGAAUGCCUCACCACUUGUCGACAAGCUUGUCGGUAUCAUCAAACCCUUCCUGAAGGAAAAAAUAAAAAAGAGGAUAUUCAUUCAUACAGAUAUGAACACUUUGUAUGAAUAUGUACCUAAAGAUGUACUACCUAUUGAAUACGGUGGUACGUGCGGUUCUCUGAAAGAAAUCAAUGAUGCCUGGGCGAAGAAACUGGAAGACUACACGGAAUGGUUUAAAGAACAGGAAUCAAUCAAAGCAAAUGAAUCGCUUAGAAUAGGAAAGCCAACUAACUACGACGAACUAUUUGGCAUCGAUGGCUCUUUCACACAACUAUCCAUUGAUUAA